CAGUGUGUAAAGAUAUUUGUAACAGUUGCCACUCUAAAGCUGCGUGGUUUAUUGCAGCUAGUACUGAACCGAUUCAAGAUGCCAUCCCGAUUUCCCAAAGGCUCUUAUUUGUCGCGCUGCUUCCAAGACGAAUUUGAAAUUCAAGAUUUUAUUGGUGAGGGAUCUUUCGGCAAGGUUUAUAAGUGCCUGGAGAGAACAAGCGAGAAGACCUUCGCAGUUAAGGAAUUACCGCGAAGUCAAGCGCUCUCUAUGGAAACCUUUGAUAACGAAGUAGAGAUUUGGAAAGGUUUGGAGCACGAAAACAUUGUUUCGUUGCACAGAACAUUUCGAGACCACUCGUUCAUGUAUCUUGUUUGUGAAUACAUCGAAGGUGGGAGUUUAUUCGAUGAGAUUGUGGGACACAAAGUCUAUGGCGAAGAGCAAGCUCGCAACAUCAUGAAACAAGUAAGUAAAACUAAUAAAACUUUUCAGGCCCUGCUUUAAUUUUGUGUUGAAUUGUUCAUUGUUUUAAAACCACUUAGUGGCUUUUUCAUGGGUUGAUGGUAAGCUAUCUAACUUCCAAUACAAGAGUGCUUAGUCAUUUUUCGCCAGGUAAUUGAGUUUAUUUGCCAGGCCCUCCCUUAGAAAUUUUUCUCAAAGUUAAAACUGUAGUUUUUUUUACAAUUAUGUAAUAAUUUUGAAAUACUGUAGCCUUCAGUAUUUUUAAAUAUAAACUGAAUAUAUAAGAUACUUUCCUACGGAGGGUUUAUGAACUCCGUUGAUAUUGGCCUAAAUUCGAGUCCAAUUUUAAUUAACCGAUUCAUGAAAAAGACCGCAAAGCAGACAGCUUCACAAUUAUAUCCUCUCCUCGCCUUUUACCAUCCGACUUCAAGUUUUCCGUUUGUUUUUAAUACUGCCAAAGUAAACGGAUGGAGCCAAGUACUUGGCCUGCAAUGUGCUCAGUCUUUGGCAAAAGCUAGCUAUAGUAGUACUGUACCAAAGAGGCCGGGCUACCGUAGUUAUGUCAGCAUGUAAGGCGGAUAUCGAUGUUCCAAGUUGAGAUCAUAGUACAAAGAAGUUCUAAUUAUCCAAUCGGCGUUGUCAUAACAAGGAUAUUGAUUCAACUGCAACCGAGCGUUACAAGAUGUUUUGUCUGGAGUCCCACGAUCGCGAAGUCACGAUACAGUCAGAAUAUAUAUGAUAUCAGAAACGUCAUCGCUUUUCUUUGUAGAAACAAUUUUAUGAUUUCAUCUGUUUUUCCUCACGUUUUAUCCAACGCGCAACAUUGCAUUGGCUGAAUGAUCGGUGGAAAAUAAUCCUUUUCUUGAUUUUCGAAUUUUGUAUGGUACAAAACUGGAUCUGAUUUUCCGCUUUACAUAAAUUUAUUUUCUUAAGUUCCUGCAGCGAUGUGGAGAGGAAACGGAAACUUGAAAAACUCUUGACAUUACCCGAGGCGUAGUUAACAUCCUUUUAAAUAGAAUGCGCUGUUAUUACUGACAGAGGAGAGACAAAAAAACAAUCCGACAGCCUUCAUCCUACAGUACCUUGCGCCUUAUAGUCUCAAGCCAGGAGCCCAUAACCCUGCCGUCAAGCCUUUGUUUUUAGUUUCACCUUUAAACUAUUUUUGGAACAAGGCCUCUAUUUCAAGACCGCCCUCAAAUCAUUCAUCACCAGUGACGUACUCUUAAGUCCUCGGCCUUCUCUUUUUACUGGCUUUUCGGAGUCUUGAGUGAGUUGGAGAAAUGUUUUUUUUUUGAAACGAAACGUAUGUUAAAUCCGUGACUGUGAAAAAAGGUCUUGGAGCGUUAGAAAGACUUUUAGCGUUAGCACUGGCACACAACAGUAUAAUUAUAUGGGUUAUUGCGGACCAAGCGUGAGGGCUGAAUAUUGGUCAUCUUCUUUUUUUGACUACUUAGUCGACCAUCUUAAACGAACUCGUUCAAGCUUUAAUGGCAAUAUAGAAUUUAUUAUAAGACCAAAAGAAUUUUUUCUUACGGGAUCAACACGGGCCUUGCCCGAUCGGGAAGUCCCAGGCGUACAAUAAAUAGCAAUUACUUGUAAUAAUUGAUGAUUGUUAUAACUUCUACUUUUUGGCAUUACUUAAUUUUACAUUGGCUGAAUACGAUGCUUUUAUUUUGCAGCUUUUACAAGCCCUAAAAUACCUUCAUGGAAAGCGUAUUGUUCAUCGAGAUGUUAAAGCAGACAAUCUUCUGAUCAGCCGAUCCAAACACUCGGAUCAUGUGACCGUGAAACUCGCCGACUUCGGGUUGGCAAGAAGACUACCCGAACGCUCUGAUGUGAUUGGUUGUGACGCAGCUGGUGCACCGUUAUUUCUGGCGCCAGAAACGAUAUUGGAAGAACCGAUUGGCCAGCCAGUCGACUUGUGGUCCUGCGGUGUAAUUUUAUUUAUUCUUCUUGCGGGCUACCCUCCAUUUUGGAGCAGCAAUGAUGAGAAGUUGUUGCUGUCUAUUCUCCAAGGCAAUUACUCAAUGCCUUCGCCCUAUUGGAACAACGUCUCAAACGAAGCGAAAGAUCUUGUUCAGCGGUUACUCGUUGUGCAACCUGUUCAUAGACCGACAGCUUCAGAGGCGUUCAACCAUCCAUGGAUGCAAAUGACCCCGUUGCAUUCAUCGCAGAAACCUACUCAGAGGCGAAACUUUGCAGCAGUUAUUUGCGGAGUACGCGCAAUGUUGAAGUUUCGAAAAAUGAACUUCCAAGCAUCUAGCCUCAAACUGACAACUGCUAGAACCGGACCUUCUGGGCUAGACGAUUCUGGCCGCUGUUAGUAACCUAUUUGCAAUGUCACACGAGAUUGUAAUCCGUGCCAAUUUUUCUCCUCAGUUCUCAUCCCCCACUGCAAAAUCAUUUGCUUGACGCUAGAACUGAGGAAAUGUUUGUUCCAGGUAGACGGCUGAAGAAAGGAAUGAAUAACAUUUUAAAUUCGCACAAUAAAGAUGACAAUAGAAUAUACAUAUUCUACAGCAUUAUCAACACAGGCGUCCUAAGCUAGUUUUAUUUGUUUCUUCAAAUCGUGACUGCAGUAAAUUUUUAUUGCUUGUGUUGAACAAAAACAAUGGCUCGCUGAACGUUUUUCUCCACGAUACCACUCAAAAUAAAGAAUCAAUGUCUUUAGCUACUUUACACUUACACUAUACAUAUUUAUAAUUUACACUAAUAUUUGUGUAUGCACUGGAUGUUCUUAUUAAAAGUAACAGCAAUAGCAUUAACACUGACAAUAUCAGUAAAAUUAUAAUGACGA